GAGCAGAUUAAGAGGUCCUUCCCUUUUCGCACGCGCUUAACGGCUCUGAGACCAAAGCCAAGCGAACUCCCAUCAUGAAGUUGAACAUUGCGUACCCCGCUCUCGGGACCCAAAAGUGCAUUGAGGUCGACGAUGAGCGCAAGUACCGUAUCUUCUACGACAAGCGCAUGUCGACUGAAGUGAAGGGUGAUGCCCUCGGUGACGAGUUCAAGGGCUACGUCUUCAAGAUCACUGGUGGAAACGACAAACAAGGUUUCCCCAUGAAGCAGGGUGUUUUGGAGGCCCGCCGUGUCCGUCUCCUCCUCUCUGCUGGUCACUCCUGCUACCGUCCUCGCCGGACGGGAGAGCGCAAGCGCAAGUCCGUCCGUGGGUGUAUCGUCGGCAGUGACAUUUCAGCUCUCUCCCUUGUUGUUGUGAAGCAGGGUGAGGCCGACAUUCCCGGUUUGACCGACACCCAGAUCCCUAAGCGCCUCGGACCCAAGAGGGCUAGCAAAAUCCGCAAGAUGUUCAACCUCAGCAAGGAGGACGAUGUUCGCAAAUACGUCAUCCGCCGCGAGAUCCCCGGUAAGGGUGACAAAAAGGGCUACACCAAGGCCCCCAAGAUCCAGCGGUUGGUCACUCCCCGUACUCUUCAGCGCAAGCGUCACUUGCUUGCUCUCAAGCGUCGUCAAUCUGAGAAGGUUCAGGAGGAUGCUGCUGAGUACGCCAAGAUUCUUGCUCAGCGUAUCAAGGAGCGCAACCAGAAGCGUCAGGAACUCCACCUGAAGCGCCGUCUGUCUUCGACCCGCAAAUCUACCGCCCAGGCAUAGAUUAUAUGUCGGGAAUAGUAGAGAAGUGUGGAUAUGGAUGGUGUGCGUAGAUGGGGUUGAUGGAGCGGAUACUGGUCUUGUGGAUGGGAUCGGGUCCGGUUUAAUUCAUCUUUUGUGGAAUAUAUGCCAUGAAACCUGGAAGUGUGUGUGUGGAUGUUUCUGGGCCAGCCGGCUGCGAUUUCAUUGUUCCUUCGGUUGUGCUGGGUCUUUCAAAGUCGGUGUGGACCGGAUGUUAUAUAGUACUCUUGGCAAUAAGGAGAAUUCUUGCAUUAUCUACUUGCACAACGUCAUAUUCACUCAUACUUCUACAAUUGACUGGCCUGCAGUCCAAACGCGAUAAUGAUAAUGGCCAAAUUUCGACCCCA